AUGGUCAAGAUACGAGUGCCAUGCUCCUCGGACGUUCCAGAAGUAAGAUUCCCGUAUGCUGAACAUAGGAUGGUAUGGAAAAACCAAAGAUCCUACGUUUCGAAUGCUUUAGAAGCAUUGUCCACGGCCCUGCAAUUCAAUGUUGAAUAUCGUAAGCAGGAGUCAAAGGGACGAAGUUCCCCGUUUGCUUUUCACGAAUUCUGCCCAGUUAAAAUUAGCUUAGCGCGUUCUGGUAGCCCGGCCAGCAAAUCAUCUCAAGCAAUCGAAGACAAGCAUGUCCAUGUGCCUAAAACAAAACGAAUCAUCCAUCGGCUUCAGCAUCAUAAGAAGGCAGUGAUAGAAAGCGAUGAUGAAGAUUCGGAUUCAUUAUCAAACAAGAGAACAGUAGAAAGCGACAACAAAGACGCAGGGAGCAUUCAAGAAAGGGACCCACCCCAGCCCAAGCUUUGUGCACAUCCAAUGGGGAAAGUGAUACACGAAGAUAUGGCGAAUAUUCAAGAACGCCAGUCCCCCCCCAAACCUAGGCGUCGUAAACAUCCAAUGUUGGUAGAAAGCGACAAUGAUAACGUAGCGAGCAUUCAAGAACGCCACCCCCUCCCAAAGCCUAAGCUUCGUGAACCGCCACCGUUGGUAGAGACUGACAACGAAGUUGGCCUCAUUGAUGAUGUAGCUUCAGACCAAAUCUCAGUAGAUGGGAUCGUUAAUUUGCAUGGUGAGGUUGAUAUAGAUAUGAACGAUGAGCCGCUCAAUGCUAGCCAAGUUAAUGAUGACACAUACCUUGAAUAUUCUGAUAAAGAUCACACAAUCGGACAAAUUAUUGUAGCGGCAACACCCCAAUGUCCCAAGCGCAAGUUAGACGAUGAACACUAUAAUUAUGAUAAGGCAGAGAUCCCGCGAGCGAAACGCUCGCAAAGUCAGUCGAGCAAGUUGCUUGGAGAUAGUAUGUCUUAUCCUCGACAAAAUAAUUGUCGCGCUGCCAACUUCAAGGUCGUAACACCGGAUAAUUAG